UUUUUACCCUUCAUUUUCCUCUUAAUUUCAAUUUCUGAAAUUUUUUCGUUCACAUUCCCCAAAUUUUACGACUAUGAAACUUGGGAAUUUCUUGAAGGAUAAUUCCGAUAUUAAAAUCGACGACGACGGCUAUUUCCCGACGCCGAACAGCGACGAGUCUCCGCCGAGAUUUUCGCCGUGGAAUCAAACUUAUCCGUUUCUGAAAUCUCCCUGUUUUUCCGAAUUCCAAAACGGCGUCGUUCUUCACCGGAAUAAUAAUAUUAAUAAUAAUAAUAAUAAUAAUACUCUCAUUGGGUCUCUUGUUCGUGAGGAAGGCCACGUGUACUCGCUAGCCACCGCCGGCGAGCUGCUCUACACCGGCUCCGACAGUAAAAACAUUCGGGUAUGGAAAAAUUUGAAGGAAUUUACUGGGUUUAAAUCGAGCAGUGGAUUGGUUAAGGCGAUUAUAAUCUCCGGCGAAAAGAUCUUCACCGGUCACCAGGACGGCAAAAUUCGGGUCUGGAAAGUGGGUGCGAAAAACCCAAGCGGCGGUCACCGGCGGGCUGGGACGUUGCCGGCAAUGAGAGAUGUAGUAAGAAGCUCGAUGAACCCACAAAACUACGUCGUUGUGGGACGGAACCGGAGCCGGCUUUGGUUUAAGCAUGCGGAUGCGGUUUCGUGCUUGUGCUUGAGUGAAGAUAGGACUUUGUUGUAUUCCUCUUCCUGGGAUAAAACUUUGAAAGUAUGGAGAAUUUCAGAUUCCAAGUGCCUCGAAUCACUUAUUGUUCACGACGAUGCUGUCAAUGCCGUCGUCGCAGCUUCCGAUGGCUUGGUCAUUACUGGCUCGGCCGAUGGCACCGCUAAGGUAUGGCGGAGACAGCAUGAAGAAGACAACGAUGCAACAAAACACAUACUAGAGCAAACGCUGCUCAAGCAAGACAGUGCAGUGACGGCGGUAGCCGUCAACGCCGCCGGCACGGUGGUGUACUGUGGAUCCUCCGAUGGGCUUGUCAACUUCUGGGAGCGAGAAAAGUGGUUGACUUACGGUGGAGCCCUUAAGGGACACAACCUAGCAGUUCUCUGCCUUGCGGCAGCCGGAAACUGCAUGGUACUCAGCGGCGCUGCCGAUAAAACCAUAUGCGUGUGGCGGAGGGAUGGGAUUUUCCACACGUGCGUAUCGGUUCUGACGGGUCAUACUGGACCCGUUAAGUGUUUGGCUGUCGAGGAAGAUCGUCGCUACCCGUCUAAACACGGCGGUCGGCGUUGGAUUGCAUACAGCGGUAGCCUGGACAGAUCGGUGAAGGUGUGGGGAGUUUCCGACGGCCUCGGUGGCUGACGAUUGGAAUGUGUUGCGGUAGUCGGCGAUCGAAAAUAGGGAACAAAUGAGAAGGUGCCACGUGGAUGAAAUCAUAUCAUGAUUUGUAUAGUUUGCAUGUAGGUGAUGUUGUGACAGGUGGGGAAAAUUCAUGAUUUUGGAAUGAAGAUUAGUGAGAAUAUUUUGUUGUACAA